AUGGACAUGCUGGGUAUGCUGCUGGGGCUGUUAAUACUCUUUGUAGGCUUUGCAAUAGCACUUUUUGGCAGUGCCAGGCUGCGCAAGGGUUUCUUUAUCUGGUUCUCAUACGCUACUAUCACGGGCUGGUACUACUUUCGUGUGCUGCAGAAGAAGUACACAAACACCAGUAACAAGGCGGGAGAGGAGUCUGUACGCGUGUCGUCGCCCAACGGCGCUGGGGCUCGUGGAAAGGCCAAAACGACGUCGUUGCCGCGACCUAUCGACGGCAAGCGCGAUACCGGCCUUGUUUACUUCGAGCCGCGUGAUAUGAUUGAACAACGGCAGCAGGCGCGGCCGGACUCGCUAGAGCACAGCGGUGUUUCCGAUCGCUCGAGUCGCACAAGCGACGCUGGAUCGAGUGCUAGUUCGGAUGGCGGAACGACUGCGAGCAAGCGCAAAAGACGUCUUUUUCGCAGCCGUCGUAAGGAUGCAGCCGAAGAGGCUGUGCGUCGCGUGAGCGAUACAAGCUCCAUUGGCUUGCUUACCGUGUCGGGCGUGUCUGACUUUAAUGGUUCCGUUACGCCGAUUCGCAGUAACGGCACUAGACGGACGUAUACAGGGCGAAAGAAGCCGCCAUCAUGGGCGGAUUGA